ACUCCUAACCCUGAUCAUCCGUAUGGUUAUACAAAUAUGAGAUAUGUAUCUUCUUUAAUAUCUGGUGUUGGUAUCUUUUGUGUUGGAACUGGUCUAUCGAUUUAUCAUGGAAUUCAUGGCCUUCUUUAUCCUUCGACAAUAGAAUCUUUUUAUUGGGCAUAUUUUAUAAUAUUUGGUUCUUUAGUAUCAGAAGGAGCAACUUUAUUAGUAGCAAUACAAUCAAUAAAAAGAGGAGCGGAAGAAAAACGACAAACAUUUAAAGAAUAUGUAUUAGCAGGACAAGAUCCAUCCGUGAAUGUUGUACUCACGGAAGAUUUAGCAGCGGUGAUUGGUCUUGUAUGCGCAGCUGCCUGCAUGGGUUUAACUUCUCUUUUAGAAAAUCCAAUGUUUGAUGCAAUUGGAUCUCUUUUGGUUGGUGGUCUACUUGGUGCAGUAGCUGGAUUUAUAAUACAUACAAAUGCUGCUGCUUUAAUUGGAAGAAGUAUAUCUCAAGAAGAUCUUGACAAGAUUAACGCGGAAUUGGAAUCGGAUAUAAUGGUUCGAGCAAUUUAUGAUGUUAAGGGUAUCGAUAUGGGUAAUAAUUUAGUUCGAUACAAGGCUGAAUUAGACUUUGAUGGAAGAGAAUUAACAAGAUCUUAUUUAGAGAAACAUGAUCUCGUUGUAAUGUUAAAGGAAGUAACAGGCAUGACAGAUAUAAAAGAAUUGGAAGCGUUUAUGUUAAAACAUGGAGAAGCUAUUGUAGAUAUGCUUGGUGGAGAAAUAGAUAGAAUGGAACUGAAUUUGAAGAAAAAACAUCCGGAGAUUCGACAUUGCGAUUUGGAAAUUUUGUAAAUGUUUCUAUAUAAUAAAACAAAACUAAUAAAUUACGUAAACUUUAAUGUAAAUAAUGUUCAUAAAUUUUGCGUAAUGUAUCGUAUUUACUUGUUGUAUUUACAUAAUAUUUAUAUAGAUAUAGUAUGCUUAUAUUUCUUUAUAUACCAAAAAAAAAAAGCUAAAUAAAUUUGAAUUUCUUAUA